CUGUUCUCCAUCUCAGAAUCAAAAAGCAAAUAUCCCAACUUCUAUCUUUUACUCUCGGCCAUCAAGCAUUUUAUUCCGGUAACUACGAGCAGCCAUCGGCCGCCCUGUCAGUACCCCUGGCCGCCGGCCAUUAUAGAUCCUGUUCCCGAGCAGCAAACUGAGCCAGACGGACCCCGUCAGCCAUCGUUAUCUCGAGUCGAGCCAUCAGCCCGAGCCGUCGAUCUGCUCGCCAUUAGUCGUCGAUUCCCGAACCUCGGUCCACGUCCGAUUUUCCCCGACGUGACACGAAGCACGAAUUCAAAGCCAUCGCCGGGAACGUCAAGAACACCACGAGCCCUUCCCGUCGGGUUAUCACAGCAGCCUCCGUCCGCCACAUCGCACGCCCAGGACCGCCGUGAGCAAGCCGCAGACGUCCGCUACAACCGCCGCGAGCGCGAGCUCCUCCCAUCGCCGCCCCUGUUGACGGAAUCCGAGGGCAGCACCCCAGCCGCCUUCCAGCAAAAAUCCGUCACUAGUCAGUCGCUGAGGUCUCGAGCGGCCGCCACCUUGGGAAUCGAAUCGCCGAGCGCUGCCAAAUUUCGAGGUCCAGACGCCACUCGACCACCGGCCAGAUUUGUAGAGAAAUUGGUGAGCGAGGAAGAAGCGAAAUUGAUGGCGGUAAUUAAAAUUUCUGGUGUUGGUGCGAAUGGAUUGAACAUGGGAGAGAAUUUGGGAGAAGAAAUUGAAUGA